GGAGGGGAGGGAGAUAUUUUCCAUAAAGCUCUUUUUUUUCUCUCUUUCUUUCUGCCCUUGAGCAUCCCGGGUAAACCCGAGCUUGUAAAGUAGGAGGAGGAGGAGAAGGGCGGGCACAAGCCUUUCCUCAAAGUCAAUAUUUCUACUUUUGAUACUCCUUGACGCUGGAUUUCAGGGCUCUUCCCUACCCGUUUCCAGAUCUAGGACACCGAUCUACCGUGUGCAGCCAUCCUCAGUGUAAUAAAAAAGUAUCCGGCAGAAGGCAAAAACAAACAGCGAGUCGGGCAGUCAGAUAACGGGAGUACAGUGAGCACCGCGACGGGGAACGAGUACAGUGGAUGAACCGGAGGAUUUUUUGCAGAAAGAGGGGGACGUUCAUAUACUCCAACGAGGCACAAAGUCCUGAUCUUUCUCAUGGAUGAAUGUUAUAAGACAAUCAAAAAACUUGGCCGGUGCACUACAUCCAAUGGAUAUACCUGAAGAUGCAAUAACCUCUCCAUCAUCCCUGCUGGCCAUGUCCGCUGUCUUCGUGCAUGACUCCAGGCUCUGAGACAUGGAUCCGUGUUAAUAUCUUCAACAAGCCCCCUGCAACAUUAUGGUUGAAGUGGAUGCCAAGAUUCAUCUCUGUAACAUUACACGCCUCCACAUCCACCACCCAUCUUCCUCUGGGAAUCAGCCGUCAAAACAAGAAAGUGUCUUGUUUUCUGGAAGUCGUAAAUAUUUGUGAAGAGACACACUGAUACAGGGUCUUUUUUUAUUUAUUUCAUUUAGGGAGUUUGCCAGCCCGGAGGCUGCUGCCUCUUACCUUCACCUUUCCAUUUACAGUACCGCAGUAUGGUGGGGGUAGGGAUGUUCCCUGUUUCCUUAUGAUCCCCACCCCAUGCGCUUCACCUCUACGUUGAGCUCCGUGGCCCCCCUCACCCUGUGCCGGACCCCACUCCAACAACUCCCCCGCCUGCCAUGCUCCUCCAGGCCGUGUUGUUGCUGCUGCAUUGCUUGGCCUCGACUCUGGGCCAGUAUGAACUGUGCAAGUCCCUGGUGAGCACGGAUGAUGGCUCGGUAUGGGAGCACUAUGCCUGCCAGCCAAAAGCCGCAUCCAUGAAAGAUUACAUGCGGAUCAAAGUGGAUCCACCGGGAAUCACAUGUGGAAACCCACCUGAGAAGUUUUGCACUCUAGAGAACCCAUACCUGUGCAGUGACGAGUGUGAUGCGUCUAACCCAGACUUGGCCCACCCUCCCCAGCUGAUGCAGGACCGUGAACGCAGCGGCCUCAUCACCUACUGGCAGACAGUCUCGUGGAGCCGCUACCCAGAGCCCCUGCUGGCUAACAUCUCCAUGUCGUGGAACAAGAGCCUGGAGCUCACAGAUGACAUCCAGAUCACCUUUGAGUACGGCCGUCCUACCAUCAUGGUGCUGGAGAAGUCCAUGGACCAUGGACGCUCUUGGCAGCCCUACCAGUACUACGCUGAUGACUGCCUGGAUGCCUUCAACAUGCCACCCAGGCGUGUCCGUGACCUUUCACCCGCUAACAUCACACGGGUCAUCUGCACUGAGCAGUACUCACGCUGGGUAGGCUCUAAGAACGACAAGAACGUGAAGUUCGAAGUGCGGGCUCGCUUCGCUGUGUUCGCCGGAGCUCGGCUACAGAACAUGGACAACCUGUACACUCGCAUGGAAAGCAUGAAGGGAUUGAGAGACUUCUUCACCUUCACCAACCUCAGGCUUAGGCUGCUCAAGCCUGCCCUCGGAGGCACCUAUGUCCAGAGAGAGAACCUCAGCAAGUACUUCUAUGCCAUCUCCAACAUCGAGGUACCCGCCAGGUGUAAGUGUAACCUCCAUGCCUCCCAGUGCCUGCUGCAGGAUGGGAACCUCCAGUGCCAGUGUGAACACAACACUACAGGCCAGGACUGCCAGCGCUGUAAGAAGGGCUUCAAAGCCAAGUCCUGGAAGGCUGGCUCCUACCUGCCAACACCCAAUGGAUCCCCGAACACCUGUGCAAUUGCUGGUUCCCCCUCCGGUUCUAGAGCUGAUACAGAAGCGCGAGCUGCUAGAAAAGCGGCUAAACGUAAAAAAGCAGAGGCCAAAACUGAAGGUGAAACAAAGGUUGAAGCUAGCAGUGAAACUAAGGCUACAGCUGAAGGUGGAGCAGAGACUAAACCAGAAGAAACAGAGCCUGAGGCUGAAGAUAAAAAAGGAGAUGAAGCUAAGGGUGAAACACAGGCUGAAACUGACGGUGAAACAGAGGCUGUGGCUAAAGAUAAAAAAGGAGAUGAAGCUAAAGAUGAAACACAGGCUGAAGGUAAAGCAGUGGAUGAAGCUGAAGGUGAAACAUUAGUUGAAACCAAGGCUGAAACUGAGGGCGAAACUGAGAGUGAAACUGAGGCAGAAACUGAAGGUGAAACAGAAUCUGAGACUGGAGGUGAAACCAAAGCUGAAGCUGAAGGUGUAACAGAAUCUGGGACUGAAGAUGAAACCAAGGCUAAAGCUGAAGGUGAAACAGAAUCUGGGACUGAAGAUGAAACCAAGGCUGAAGCUGAAGGUGAAACUGAGAGUAAAGCUGAGGCAGAAGCUGAAGGUGAAACAGAAUCUGAAACUGAAGGUGAAACCGAGGCUGAAGCUGAAGGGGAAACCAAAGGUGAAGGUGAAAUAGAGGCUCAAGCUGAAGGUGAAACUGGUGCUGAAGCUGAAAAAGAAACCAAGGCUGAGGCUGAAGGUGAAACAGAGGCCAAAGCUGAGGGUGAAACCGAGGCCAAGACUGACGGUGAAACAGGGGCCAAGACUGAAGGUGACACAGAGGCCACAGCUAAAGGUGAAACCAAGGCCGAAGGUAGGGGUGAAACCGAGGUGGACGAAGGUGGAACUGAGGUUGAAGCUGAAGGUGAAACAGAGGCUGAAGCUGAAGGUGAAGGUAAGGCCGAAGGUGAAGAUGAAACAGCGGCUGAAGCUGAGGUUGAAACAGAGGCUGAGGCUGUAGAUGAAGCUGAGUCCAAGGCUGAAGAUCAAACAGAGGCAGAAGCUGAAGAUGAAACUGAGGCUGAAUCUGAAGGUGAAACUGAGGCCGAAGCUAAAAGUGAAACUGAUGCUAAGGCUGAAAGUGAAACAGAGGCUGAGGCUGAAGGUGAACCCAAGGAUAAAGCUGAGGGUGAAAGUAAGACAGAAACUGAGGGUGAAACAGAGGCCGAAGUUGAAGGUGAAACAGAGGCCGAAGCUGAAGGUGAAACAGAGGCCGAAGCUGAAGGUGAAACUGAGCCAGAAGCUGAGGGUGAAACUGAGGCCAAAGCUGAAGGUGAAACAGAGCCAGAAGCUGAGGGUGAAACUGAGGCUGAAGCUGAAAGUGAAACAGAAGCUGGAGCUGAAAGUGAAACACAGGCCGAAGCUGAAAGUGAAACAGAGGCCAAAGCUGAGGGUGAAACAGAGGCCGAAGCUGAGGGUGAAACAGAGGCCGAAGCUGAAGGUGAAACAGAGGCCGGAGCUGAAAGUGAAACAGAGGCCGGAGCUGAAAGUGAAACACAGGCCGAAGCUGAAAGUGAAACUGAGGCUGAGGCUGAAGGUGAAAGAGAGGCCGAAGCUGAAGGUGAAACUGAGGCCGAGGCUGAAGGUGAAACAGAGGCCGAGGCUGAAGGUGAAACAGAGACAGAAGCUGAAGGAGAAACUGAGGCUGAAGCUGAGGGUGAAACAGAGGACAAAGCUGAAGGUGAAACAGAGGCCGAAGCUGAAGGUGAAACAGAGACAGAUGCUGAAGGUGAAACGGAGGCUGAAGCUGAAGGUGAAACAGACGCUGAAGCUGAAACAGAGGCUGAAGCUGAAGGUGAAACAGAGGCUGAACCUGAAGCUGAAAGUGAGGCUGAAGCUGAAGGUGAAAUAGAGACAGAUGCUGAGGCUGAAUCAGAGGACAAAGCUGAAGGUGAAAGUAAGGCUGAAGCUGAAGGUGAAACAGAGGCCGAAGCUGAAGGUGAAACAGAGACAGAUGCUGAAGCUGAAACAGAGACAAAUGCUGAGGCUGAAUCAGAGGACAAAGCUGAAGGUGAAAGUAAGGCUGAAGCUGAAGGUGAAACAGAGACAGAUGCUGAAGAUGAAAUGGAGGCCAAAGCUGAAGAUGAAACAGAGGCUGAAGCUGAAGGUGAAACAGAGGCCAAAGCUGAAGGUGAAACAAAGGCUGAAGCUGAUGGCAAAAGAGAGACAGAUGCUGAAGGUGAAGUAGAGGCUGAAGCUGAAGCUGAAACAAAGGGUGAAAAAGAAAGUGCCUCAGUGCCCAUCACCCCUGUCUCAGAAGCUGAAAGGUCUGAAGCUGUUCCCCAGAGACCUUCUGGACUCAAUCGAAAAGCAUCCACUUCCUCCAGCAGCUCUAAUCCUGGAGUGGGACAGUCACGUAUCAGCUCUCUAACCCCUCGAACUUUCGAUCAAACUCCAGAGGAGCCGAGAGCCGUAAUAAAACCAGAGGAGUCGGAGGAGCUCACACCUCCCAAACUGAUCACCAAAGAGUCAGAUCUGUCUCAGCCAGACUCACAGGAGUCUGUAUCUCCUAAGAUUAUCGAUCAAGACUCUGAAUUGUCCCUGCCAACCGCUGGAAAGACUAAACGGCCCCCACUUACCAAAGAGGAGUCUGUCCGUCCGUCCCCGACUCAGACUGACCCUGAAAAAGUCCGGGUCAAAACAGAGCGGUCAGAGCCGAGGCUCACUGGGACAGCAGUCUCUGAGAAACCUGAGAGAGAAGGCUGGAGUUAUGAGACCACAAGGGCUUCUGGGAAAAAGGAGGAAAAGGAGGAUGAAGACGGUGAAGAAGAGAAGGAAAGAGAAAGAAAGAAAGGGCUUCUGAAACUCUUGAUCUCAGGAGAGCCCCAGGCCAGACAGUUGUUUGGGAUCAUAUACGAUGAUUUCAAAGACUGUGAGUGCUACGGCCACUCCAACCGCUGCAGCUACAUAGACUACCUGAACAUCGUAACGUGCGUCAGCUGCAAGCACAACACCAGGGGCCAGAACUGCCAACACUGCAGACUGGGAUACUUCCGCAACGCCUCUGCCGAGCUGGAUGAUGAAAGCGUCUGCAUUGAGUGUAACUGCAACCAGCUGGGCUCUCUCCACGACCGAUGCAACGGCACAGGAUUCUGCCAGUGUAAAGACGGUGCUACCGGGCCCAAGUGUGACGACUGUUUUCCAGGAUACUACUGGAAACAAGGAUGUUACCCUAACAUUUGCGACGAGGAGAUGCUCCUGUGCCAGAAUGGAGGAACAUGCUACCAGAACCAGAAGUGCAUCUGCCCUCCAGAGUAUAAGGGGGUGUUAUGCCAACAGUCCCGCUGCGAGGGGGGCAAGGACUGCAACGCUGCCUCUUCCUCCCACCUCCCCAUGGCCACCCUGCUGCUGUGCACUCUGCUAUCCCACCUCCUGGCCACAUUAACUCCCCACUGAGCCACAACCCCCUCGACCAAGGAGUGAGUGUGUGUGUGUAUGUGUGUGUGUGUGUGCGUGUAUGUGUGUGUGUACAUAUGCGUGUGUGUGUGAGGCGAGGGCUGACCCAGAGUGGGUAGGGCCACCCCAGUCACGGACCCGAAGAAUACACUGCGGCACACGCAGACACACAUCAACACUAACUACCCGAAAUCCAACUCCCAAACAUACACACACACACACACACACACAGGCAAACCCAUGCAUUAACACUUACUCUAUCUCUCUCUUUCACACACACACACACACACCUCACAGGACUGUUAUGUUACUGAGUGUGUGCUCAGGUGUGAGUGUCUAACAAGAGAAGGACAAACAGAAAAGGGGAGUGACCUCGGAGAAACCAGAUGCGGACGGAGGGGGGGAAAAAAAUUCAUACCAACCAACCACUGUCUCUUUCCCUUUAUUCCAGAGCUGGAGCAAUGUGCAUCAUACCAAAAAGCAUAAACAAAAAGAAAACACUUAAGUCACUACUGUUUCACUUCAAAGGGAAUGGCUGUUUUAUCACAAGGACUUUUUUUUUUUUUAUUUCAUUUUAUUUGUUUUUUGUUUUUUUUUUCUCGAUUGAGUUGAGGAUCUCACCUCUGGAAAGGCUGUUCUUUCUGACGAGUGACUUGUGCAGUUAGACUUAGCGAGAGGAGGAGACAUGUUGACACUUGAAGGACGGGUGGGAGGCGGGGUGUGUGUUUGAUCCUGCUGCUGAGGCCUACAUAGUAAUAUUAACCAGGUUUCAUUUCUUCUAAAACGAUGAGACUUGAGUUUCACACUUCUUCUAUUUCUGCUGCAUUUUUUUUUUAUUAUUAUUAUGAUUAUAUCUUCUGUCAUUGUAUCUAAUGUGCCCACUAACAGUCGCUGAGAUUAUACAUAUUAUAAUAUCCAGAGGGUUAUGAAUAAUAAAAAUUUAGUCACUAUUAUGGUUGUUAUAGGAAUGAGUGAUUGUUGCCACACUUAGCGAGAUUUUAUCUUCACACAGUAUUCAGGAAGCAGAAUUUAACUUAUCAGAAGUCUAAAAGAGAGAAAAGAUAUUGACAAAGUAUCAAUAUUAUAUGACAUUAUUUGAAUAUUUUUUGUAGAAAUUAUUUUUGUUUGGAGUUACAAUAAAUUAUAACAAAUUACAUUUACAACUAUUACAAAUGAGCAUUUUAUUACACUGAGUGUAAACCUUACAGUAAAUAUGACUGUUAUUUGCCCUCGCUUGGAUUAUUGAUUCAAUCGGUGUCCACGAUAACAUGCUGUUGCCACUGUUGAGUGAGCUCUUUGUUUUUCUGUGAGGUGGGGGAUCGAAAAAGCCGGGACAACAGGACCGCCACCAAGUCGUUCAUUAGUUUUAUUUCACUCUGUCAGGACUUGGUGUUGUAUGACCAUGGUGCGUAAAGCGGCCUUUAGUAUUUCAGGUUGAAACCCAAGAGUCUGACAAUCAUGAGGAGCCUGUGCUUCCCUGUCAACACAAUAUAAACUGCUUAAUUUUGACUAAAGUUGCAGGGAGCUUUUAUAUUUUGAAAAUGUCACUUGCACAAACAAGCAAAGGGGGCUAAUUAAAACUCUUAUAAAUUAUACAAACAGCAGAAAUACGCUGACUCACGGCGGUCCACAGAGACAGAGCGACUCUUCCUGAAGCCAAGUGUUCUCAUCUUUCGCUCUCCUCCAGAUCACUGAUCAGUAUUUGCAAGGUUGUUCUGGUGGCACGCCGGACUUUGGCGAUGUCCUUCAUAGGCAAGUUUUACGAGCAAACCUCCAACAACAAACAUUUCACAGAGAACGGCUCCUUUGCUGAGUCAGCCCAGGUUACGCUGUGGGUAAAGAGACACAGAAGAAUGCCGCAUUACAACAGCACAUCUAAGAUAUAAGCAAGACUGAAGCUGUGGGGGGAUGACAAGACAGAGAAGCUGGCAUGACUCUUUUCUUUGUGAGCUGGUGGUGGCAGUAUUAGCUAUUCUGUCUGUGGGACUCAUCCCCUCCAUCUCUCAGGAUCUCUGUGAUGGAGCCACUGGUGUCACGAACUGAGUCUUGGGGGAGAAUAGUUUAUGAUUGUGGCGCACUGUGAGAUGAUGUGAAGGCACAUAUUUCAGUGUAGAAUAAAGAGCAAGUAGUAUGCAUAGCCACAUCUAUAGUAGUGCAUGCAUUACGGUUAAUGACUCCGAGAUGAAUGAUUAUGCUGUGAUGUGCAGAGAAAAAUGUCAAGCACAUGCAUCAGACCGAGGGGGAACCUGACAGAGAUAAGGUGCUUUUGAGAAAUGUUACAUGAAAAAAAAAAAAAAAAAAAAAAAAAAAAAAACGUGAUGAUGGACUGAAAAACAAGUCAGUGUUGUAAUCUACCUUUUUCCACCGAGUCUCUCAAAAUAACUUCACUCAAUUCAGACAUUAAAAUUCAAGCACACCAAAAAAAGGCAGGUUUUCUGUUGAAAUAAAA